GUGAGCCGAGCGGAGGUGAAGAAGAGGAGGAUGAAGCUGGGAGAGCAGAGGAUGGGAGGAAGAGUAGAGUGAGAGAGUGAGAGAGAGAGACAGGCUGGCUAGCUAGCCGAUGACUGUAGGUGCAUGCCCGCGAGGCUGAGCGCGUGAGUGGCCGGUGAGGGGUAGCGGAGCGGCUGUGUCGGUACCGGACCGGAGCGGAGGCGCGUUUUACAUCCGCGGAUUCUCACCGAGACGGAAAGUUUGAACUUUUCUCCCGCCGCCGCCGCUCGGGCUCACCGUGCCGGCUCCCCGGCUUUGUUCCGCCAGCGCCGAGUCCGCCGAUACAUGCGGGACUAAAGCCGCCGCCGCUCGGCUUCAGCGCGCGCAGGAGGAGGGGAAUCCCGGGGCUCGAGUUCGUGGAGGGGAGCGAGAGAAUGGCGGCCAACAUGUACCGAGUAGGAGAUUACGUGUAUUUUGAAAACUCAUCCAGCAACCCCUACCUGAUCCGCAGAAUAGAAGAACUCAACAAGACGGCCAAUGGAAACGUAGAAGCCAAAGUAGUGUGUCUCUUUAGGAGGAGAGAUAUCUCUGGAAAUCUAAACACACUCGCAGACAGCAAUGCCAGAGACUUUGAGGAGGAGUCCAAGCAGCCGGCAAUCAGCGAGCAACAGAAACACCAGCUUAAACACAGAGAACUGUUCCUGUCCCGACAGUUUGAGUCUCUUCCUGCCACACACAUAAGGGGGAAAUGUAACGUCACACUUCUGAAUGAAACUGAUGUGUUAACAGGCUACCUAGAGCGAGAGGACUGUUUCUUCUAUUCACUGGUGUUCGACCCAGUCCAAAAAACCCUGCUGGCUGACCAGGGUGAGAUCAGGGUGGGCUCCAAGUACCAGGCUGAAAUCCCCGACAAAUUGGCUGAAGGUGAAUCAGACAAUCGGGUACAGGAGAAACUGGAGACGAAGGUGUGGGACCCAGAUAACCAGCUGAAGGACUCUCAGAUAGAUCAGUUUCUGGUUGUGGCUCGGGCGGUGGGAACAUUUGCCCGUGCGUUAGACUGCAGCAGCUCCAUUCGCCAACCCAGCCUGCACAUGAGUGCAGCAGCAGCGUCCAGAGAUAUCACACUGUUCCAUGCUAUGGACACGUUGCAGAAGAACGGCUAUGACCUGGCCAAGGCCAUGUCCACACUCGUGCCGCAGGGCGGCCCCGUGCUGUGUCGGGAUGAGAUGGAGGAGUGGAGUGCUUCAGAGGCCAUGCUGUUUGAAGAAGCGCUGGAAAAAUAUGGAAAAGACUUCAAUGACAUUCGUCAGGAUUUUUUGCCCUGGAAGUCGUUAGCCAGUGUAGUUCAGUUCUACUACAUGUGGAAGACCACAGACCGUUACAUUCAGCAGAAAAGACUGAAGGCAGCAGAAGCAGACAGUAAACUGAAACAGGUCUACAUCCCCACCUACACCAAACCCAACCCCAACCAGAUCAUGGCCCCGGGUAACAAGCCUGGCAUGAACGGAGCUGCUGGCUUCCAGAAAGGCCUGUGCUGCGAGAGCUGCCACACUGCCCAGUCUCCUCAGUGGUACGCAUGGGGGCCUCCCAACAUGCAGUGUCGACUGUGUGCCUCCUGCUGGGUUUACUGGAAAAAGUAUGGUGGACUGAAGACCCCCACGCAGUUAGAGGGUGCUACAAGAACAGGCUCGGAUGCAGCCCCACGUGGUCACAUGACUCGUCAGGAAGUGCAGGGCAUGUCCCCCUUCACUAGCAGUGCGGGCAGAGCCAAGCUACUGGCCAAGAACCGGCAGACCUUUAUUUUGCAGACGACCAAGCUGACCCGCAUCGCUCGCCGCGUCUGCCAGGACAUCCUGCAGUCCCGCCGUGCAGCCCGGCGCCCUUACGCAUCCAUCAACGCCAACGCAGUCAAAGCAGAGUGUAUGAUAAGACUUCCUAAAGCCUCGAAGAGUGCUGUGAAGAACCGCCCUAUUCCACGGCCAUCCCUCGUCAACAUAGUGAAGGAACUUGCUGUCCAGGCUCCUUUAAAACUCAAAGCUCCCCGAGGUGCUCCCACCCCUAUCAACCGUAACCAGGCCAGCCAACCCCGCAGCGCCCCUGCCCUGCUCGGGAAGAGGCCCUUUGAUAGCGGAAGUUCUGUGGCAGGGCACCCCUUCUCCACCAAUGGGAGGCCGUUCAUGUCCGGCAUGAGGACAACCUCCCAGUCAGUCAUAAAGCGUCAGAGAGUCAGCCAAGGAGAUGCCCCCAAUCCCGUAGUGUUUGUGGCUACUAAAGACACCAGAGCCCUGAGGAAACACCUUACCCAGGCAGAGAUGAGGCGGGCAGCUAGGAAACCAAACAUCCCCGUCCGGGUGAAAAUUCCUCCGCCUCCACGGCCACUUCCUGUACCAAUCCUGCCCUCCAGUACCAGCGAGCCAAUUGUGCUGGAGGACUAAAAAAACAAAAACAUCUUUCUAUUAGGCCACACCCCCUUGCCAUCACCAUUUGUAGAUGUCUUUUUCUCGAUUUUCUUCAAAACUUCAUAAAUCCAUGCGCUCACACACACGCACAUCUCCAUGCAUCUCUCUCCUCUGACUGUUCAUCAAUCUCCAUCCUUCUAUUUUUCGCUCACUCUCUUUAUUACUCAGGCCGUUCCUGUCGGCUCAGUCAACAAACACAGACCAGCAUAAGCCCAACACAUUAUCACACAACAGAAGCAGCAGCAGCAGCAGCACACACCAGGCUAUUAGCAUGGACUUUGUAGUGUUUUAUUCCAGUGUUAUGGUUUAAUGUUUUUGUUGUUCUUUUUUUCCCCCCUCUUUUCCUCUCCUCUUUUUUAAUGGCGAAUAUUUUUAACUGUGUAAUUUAAAUCCGAUAAUUCUCAACAUGAAAUAAUGGUGAUAAAGCACACUUUAUUUUUUUCCUCCAGGUUGAUCUUUAUUUGUGUAAAUAUUAACAUUUUCAGGAGUGGCGUCUUCGACUCUGGGUUAAGAAGGGGGGUGGGAUCUGAAUUUAAGAUUUUUGUCAUGUAUGAUUUUUUUUUUUCAGCUUUUUAUUGCUUUUUGUUCUUUUGUUUUCUUUGUUCCACCAUUCUUCACUGUAGUCAGUUUAAAGGUUGGAAACUAGUAGUGGUUCCACAUUUAUGAACCAAUUAAAUGGGUCUCUGAAGUAUAAUUUGAGAAGCAGCGCCCCACUAGUACUAAAAUCAGCCUUUAAAUUUACAACAGAGCUCUGAACUCUGAGGAGGUGUUGCCCUCAGUCAUUUAUACACCAUGGAUCUGCAGACUUGAGUUCAGAACUAAACAUGAGAAAACGUUUCUUUUUUUUGUUAUUAUUAUUUAUGGCCCCUUUUUUUGUAUUGUAAAUGUUCAGCAAUAUCUAUCUUUGUGAAAAGACGUUGUUUUGGAGGAUGACCAUCAGACUAACUCAACUGGUCUGCUCUGAUGUUGUUUAGGGGGCUUUGCUGGGUUCCGUUUGAUAUGUUCUCUCUCAGUGCUAAUGGUGACAGAAUGUUGAUGGCUCCAGAUCAAGGUAAAAAGGUGUUGGGUGCUGGUAUGAAGGAAGGGCAAGCAUAGGUCAGAGAAACCCUGUGGCUACCUAUAGAUCAAGGGUAAUUAUUAUUAUUUUGUUUUGUUAAACAGUAAAUGGUUGGUCUUCUCACAAUCAGUAAGGCUCUGCCUCAUUUUUUUUUCCUCCCCAGUUUUCCUUUUUAUCUAUACGAUAAAGAAUAAAGCCAUACAAAUCUAGGUUCACCAGUUAUACUUACUCUUGUGUACACCGAGAUGGUCAAACCUUUCAUCAUGUUUCCAGUAACCCAGCCACUGAAUUUGGAGCUGUGUUUAAGGUAACCUAGAGAUUUGUAGAUAACGUAACGGUAGUGAAUUGAGAGAAAAGGAAAAAAUGUUCUUGGAUUAUGACGCAAGAUUUUCUAGUAACUGCUCCAUUAGACUGUAGACUGAUUUGAUACAGAGUCAUUAUUCUCCUUCUUAAUGGUUUUAUUCGUGCUUUAUUUUUGACAUGUAAACAGUUGGACUUUCUCACUGUCAAAUAAUGUGAACCAGUGAACGAGUCCCCUUGUAUAUUUUCCUUUUCCCAGUUUUGGGGGGUUUUAUAAGGUUUCUUAAACUGAGCGUGCGCUGCACACAAAUAAUAAACAUUACCUUGUCCCCCAAGAAGUGUCACCGUUUUAUAUGAAAAGUGGUAGCCUGUGUUUCUGCUACCUUUUAGCUGAGGGCUGAAAUCAUAUGUUAAUGUCGUUCUCCAUCUGGGGUUGGGUCCGAGGGAAGGGAGGGUUCAUCCGUUGAUUAAAGUAGGCUCCGAUUUUGUAUGUUAGUGACAUUUUUUUCCUCAAUAUUUUUUAAAAUUCUAAUGUCUCUGUAUCCUUUAAUGCAUCUUGAUUAGAAAAGAAAUAAAGAUUUUUUU